AUGACAGUGACAGCAAGUACGGUAUCAUUUGAUAGUGAUAUCGUUGUGAUGAAAGAUGACGUAGAUGUGAAUGGUUCGAAUAAUAACAGUAACCAGAAUGUAAGUCCUUCCACAAUUAAGAAUACUGAGCCUAAGAGAGUCAAAGUUUAUAUAUUAGAGAAUAGUGAAUGGAAGGAUACAGGGACGGGUUUCUGUAUGGGCACAUUAACUGUGGAGAUGAAAAAUGUUAACAAUAAUGAAACAAAAUCUGAGAAUCGUAUAGUUAGUAAGGGAGACAAUGACGAGGAAAAAUCUAUGGUGAAAUCAGCGUAUCUUGUUGUGAACAAUGAGGAAAUUCCGGAUUCGUUGUUGUUGAAGUCUAAACUAGAAGGAACUAUAGAGUACCAAAGACAAGAAGAGACUUUAAUCGUCUGGAAGGAUGUAUCUGGGAAGGACAUUGCGUUAAGUUUCGAAGAAAGUAUUGGUUGUGAUGCUUUGUGUGAGUUUAUAGUUCAGGUUCAAAGAAAUGUGGAACCAAAAAUAUCACUUGUAGCAGUUAAAACCAAUUUAGAUGGAAUGGGUUCUGUCCAUGAAAUGAUCGCCGGUCCCGUUCCAUUGCCUUCCAAUGAACAACAACAAAAUGAGAGUACACUUUUAGAAUCUUUGAAAAUACUAAAUGAAAAUACUUCUUUUGAUUUUUUAAAAAACCAAACUGUUGAAUUUAUUUUACAAAAUAAUUAUAUUAGUACUUUGAUAAAUAUUUUUGAUAAUGCAGAAAAAGAGAAAUUGACCUUUGAUAUCCUAAUAGUAAGCAAUAUCAUAAAAACUCUAAUAUUAUACAACCAGAGAGAUAUUAUUGAACAGUUAGUUGGUGAUGACCAUAUUAUGGGUGUAGUUGGUAUACUUGAAUAUGACACUGAAUUUUCUACAUUAAAAGCUAACCACAGAGGAUAUUUGAAAGAGAAUGGUCCUACAUUCAAAGAAGUAAUAGCUUUUGAAAACGAAGAAUUAAAGUCUAUCAUCAAAAAAUGUUUCAGAUUACAAUUUUUAAAAGAUGUCGUGCUUGUACGAUUCUUAGAUGGCCAUCAUCUGGAUUUAAUUUUAGAUAUAAUAAUGGAUUUGGAAAUUUGCAUUAUCGAAUUUUUACAAGCUGAUGUGUUUCUGGAUGAAUUAGUUGGCUUAUACAGUGAAGAGUCUAUUCGUACACAUAAUAGCGAAGAAGAUAAAAUUAGAAGGAAGGAUGGGAUUAAAUUGUUGCAUCAAUGUGUACAAAUGACAGUAAAUUUGGAAAAAAUCAGCAAGUAUGCUUUCUAUAAAGCAUUAGUUGAAAAGGGGUUAUUUAAAGUUAUGAAUUAUGCUUUUAACAAUGAAACUGAUGAUAACAUUAGAAUAAUAUCAACAGACAUGAUAAUAACUAUAAUUGAACACGACAUUUUGUUGAUCCAUUAUGUUCAAAAUAAGCAAAACCAGUGCUCAACAGGAGAUAAUAAAUUAAAUGAUAGUGAUGCACCAGAAAGUGAUAUCACACUUUUAUUAAUACUUUCCAAAAUUUUAUUGAAUGAUAAAAGUCCAGGAUUAAAGGAACAGGUUAUGCAAGCUUUAUACACUUUGUUGCACCCAGAAGAAUAUAUGGGCGACAAUCGUGAUCUAAUGGAUGAAGGAUAUAAUAAUGAUGAUGGUGAUGAUGACCAUAAUAUGAUGAAUAAAUUGAAUUAUAAUGUGGAGACCUCAGCAUUAGGAUCUGACGAUAAAUAUGAAGAGCUUCAUGAAAAAAAUGCAUUAACCGAAACGACUACAUUUCAAAUAAAAGAAUAUUUCAAGCAUUUUUACCAACAAGUGGCCCCUGCAUUGUUUAAACCCUUAUUAGAUCCAACUCAUGUGCUAAAAAUCAAUGAUUUCCAAUCUGAAUUAUUGUUAAUUCAUUUAAUUAAACUACUAUGUUUCCUUUGUACUGAGCACGAUCGUGGAAUUUCUAGACAAUUUGUGCUUGAGAAUGGUAUUUUAAACAAUAUUUCAAAGCUAAUGGAUGGAAAUUACUCCAUUCAAUUGAAAUUGGCAGUUCUGAGGUGUUUUAAGAAUAUUAUCUAUUUAGACGAUGCGUUCUAUCAUAGAUAUAUGAUUACAAAUUCCUUAUACGAUCCAGUUAUUAGAUUAUUGAUGAACACACUAGAUGAAGAUAAUAUAAUCAAUUCCAGUCUUCGUGAUUUUUUCAAGAUCAUAUAUACGAGCUGCAAAACCGCAGAACCAUUGAAUAGUUUGAAUGAUGAUGAUACAACUUUAGACUGUGACACGAAAUUUAAGAAAACUAACUUCAUUCUAUUAAAUAACCAUCUAUUCCAAAAAUACCCAGAAGAACUUACAGAAGCAAAAGAAUCUAUACAACUAAUCAAAAAGUUAGAGUUAAUCAGAGAAGCAUAUGUCACAAAUGAAGUCGAGGAACCAACCACUGAGUUGGAUACCAGUGACAACGAUAUAACCUCCUAUGAAGAUAAAUACAAAUGA